AAAGAUCACGCAAUCCUAACAAACCUAUCUUCCCUUCUUUAUUAUUACAAUUAUAUAUAUCUCCGUUACUUCAUAUAUAAAUACAUAUCACCUCUAGCAGAAAAGAGCUGGAAAACUUCUUCAACUGAAGAAAGAAGAAGAAGAAGGAUAAAUAGUGUUAUAAUAUGUAUUCUUUACAAGAAAGUGAUGAGUUGAUGUUUCAGAUUUUCUCUAAUCCUUGCCAACAAAGCAAGAUCUCCCAAGAUCUGGUUAUGGAUUAUGCUUCUCUGGAGACACGUACUCAUGAUCCUUUAAAUUAUAUUAACAAUAAUUCCCAGGUCAAUAAGAGACUACCCAAAAGAAUAUUAGGUACUACUGAUAAUAAUAUUCCAGAUAAGAAAGAUGAAACUGCUGCCGCUGCUGCUACUCCUGAUGAUUUCAAGCUUACAAGAAUUAUGCAUAGAGAUAUCGAACGUCAAAGAAGACGAGAAAUGUCUGCCCUUUACUCUUCCCUCCGUUCUCUUCUUCCUCUGCAAUAUGUCAAGGGCAAGCGUUCGGUAUCGGACCACAUGCAUGAAGCUGUGAAUUAUAUAAAAGAAAUGCAAGCAAACAUGAAGGAAUUGGAGAAACGGAGAGACUUGCUAAUUAAGUCGUCCUUACCCAAUUCAAUAAGAUCAAAUAAUUUCACAGUUUCUCCAGAUUGUGUCACGGUAAGCCCCUGCCUGCAGGGUGGCAUAGAGAUCUUGAUCAGCGUUGACUGUAAAGCGCAAAGUUUUCCCCUUUCAAGAGUGCUGAGGGAGCUUCUGAAACAAGGGAUUAAUGUCGUCAGUUGUGUCUCUGCAAAAGUGAAUCAAAGGUCACUGCACACAAUUCAGAUCGAGGUGUGCGAUAUGAACAACAUUGAUCACCAGGCAUUGCAACAAAAAGUGAUUGAUUUAAUCAAUGUGGACUUGUAGUUCUCGAGUUAUUACAACUAGUAACAAACCAUGCAGCUGCAUUCAUCUUACAAUGCUUUAGCAUUUAACACGUACAUGGUCAGAAUUCAAUACUCAGAACCGUUGCCAUAUAAGACUGUAUUGUUUGUAGAGAAUGCAUUAUUGCAGCUUUAAUUAAUAGUGUGAUGCGGUGAAUCCCUCCCUCCUCUAUAUAUCUUUUCUUUAAGGGAAAAAUAUCUUGACGGACAAUAAAAAAAAUCCAUCUUCUUGUAGUUUAGACAAAUUCUGAUUUCCAUGUUAUACUAUUAUAACAAAAAGUCGGAAAUCAGUUGAUCAAUAAAGCAUUGAGAAAAAAAGAUUUUCUGCUUUUACUUCUGAAUUUGACUAUCAGUUGAGCUC